GAAGGGAGAAAAACAAGAAGGGCGGUAUUUUUAGGGCCAUUAAUUCUGACCACGUGCCCAGGAGGUGAACCGGAUGGCCACGGCACAAAGACUUCUCAUCACUAUGUCCUGCGACGCCAGCGCUCACCGGACGUUGCCUGCGUUCCUUUUCCUGGGUUUGCUAGCCGGGAUUGCUGCCACACACCCAGUUGUAAGCAGAACUAAUGGCACAUUGCUGGAGAGAGGAUGGCAAUCUCUGCUGUCCAGGUCCAUGGCUGGGAUGUCAGGGGAGAAGGCAGAUGUGAACUGGGAGAGUGACUAUUUGCUAGGAAUCAAGAGGCAGCGGAGGCUUUACUGCAACGUGGGCAUCGGGUUUCACCUUCAAAUCCUCCCAGACGGAAGGAUAAGCGGAGUUCACAAUGAAAACCAAUACAGUCUCUUUGAAAUAUCCACUGUAGAAAGAGGUGUUGUAAGUCUGCUUGGUGUGAAAAGUGCUCUCUUCAUCGCAAUGAACAGCAAGGGGAGGUUGUAUGGGACGGCUGUUUUCCAAGAUGAAUGCAAAUUCAAGGAAACCUUGCUGCCCAAUAACUACAACGCAUACGAAUCCAACAUUCACCGCGGUGCUUACAUAGCCCUGAGCAAACACGGCAGGGUGAAGAGAGGGAACAAGGUCUCUCCUGCCAUGACAGUGACCCACUUCUUACCAAGAAUAUGAGCACCAGCAAAACAGAAGAUUAAAUCCCAGGACAAACUGUUUCAUUUUGCACGUGGGGAAUAACCUCCCAGGUAAAGUAUUUAUACUGGUCAUUGAAAAAAAAAAGAAAUCGCUAUAUGUAUGUGUAUAUUUGGAUAAAAAUAUUUGUACUAGAUUCAUCAUAUACAUACAUAUGAUAUGUACAUACAUAGCAUAUGUCAUAUGAUGCUGCUUCUCUUCUACUCUGUACAAAUUUUACAUGGCUGUGUGCCUCCUUUGGUGCUGUACAGAGAAAAAUGCAAGCUG